CUGAACACUGAGACUGAGCGGCCAGUACUGGAGAGGAGAGAACUACUGCCAGGAACGUCUGGAGCACAGAGCUGGAGCUUUUUCACUUUGACACCAGUGACAGAGAGGACAGCUGCUGUUGGAGAUGCCUGGACUGUCACUGCAGGAGCAGCAUCCCUCCAAUUUGGGAACUUUUCUCUGUCCUGAGAGCUUGAGAGUUACUGGGGAAGUUUGAUCUGAGAGGCACAAAUAUUGGGAGGAUUUCUGCCUCAGUUUGGAGUUUGGCACACUCAAAGAGGAUCAGUUGUUGGGUAACAAACUCCAGAGUAACUAACUCCAGGAUGAAGAUUAAUCUCCUCUGCUUGGAGUUACUCCUCUUGGCCGGUUACAUCCUUGUGGCCGACGGGCAGCUGGUGCCUAAGAAACAAACGCCCCAGGACCUUCUCGCUGUCACCCAGAGACUCGGCCUCGUAGAGAGAGAUGUGCAGGGUCCGGUGAGGCCUAACAUCACUAAGCCCCGCCGUCGGCUACCUCCCAUGUGCACUGGGCCCACGGAAAUCCGAGACACCUUUAAGUACAUCAACACGGUGGUGUCCUGCCUGGUGUUUGUCGUGGGUAUUAUCGGUAACUCCACUCUGCUGAGAAUCAUCUAUAAGAAUAAGUGCAUGCGUAACGGACCCAACAUCCUGAUCGGCAGCCUGGCGCUCGGAGACCUGCUGCACAUCAUCAUCGGCAUUCCUAUUAAUGUUUACAAGCUCCUGGCAGAAGACUGGCCCUUUGGAGUGACACUGUGCAAGCUGGUCCCGUUUGUCCAGAAGGCCUCAGUGGGGAUCACUGUGCUGAGCCUGUGUGCUUUGAGUAUUGACAGGUAUCGUGCCGUGGCCUCAUGGAGCCGCAUCAAAGGGAUCGGAGUUCCAAAGUGGAUGGCCAUUGAGAUAGCGCUCAUCUGGAUAUUAUCCAUCAUCCUGGCUGUGCCAGAGGCAAUUGCCUUCGACAUGAUCACCAUGGACUACAAAGGAGAACACUUGAGGAUCUGUUUGCUGCACCCCAUGCAGAAAGGUGACUUCAUGAAGUUCUACAAAUCAGCGAAGGACUGGUGGCUGUUCAGUGCAUAUUUCUGCCUGCCGUUGGUCUGCACUGCUAUUUUCUACACCCUGAUGACCUGUGAGAUGCUGAGGAAGAAAAAUGGAGUCCAGAUCGCUCUCAGUGACCACCUCAAACAGCGAAGGGAGGUGGCGAAGACAGUGUUCUGUCUGGUUCUGGUCUUCGCUCUGUGCUGGCUGCCUCUGCACCUCAGCCGUAUCCUGAAGCUCACCAUCUACGACGAGAAAGAUCCGAACCGCUGCGAACUGCUCAGUUUCUUUUUGGUGUUGGACUACAUCGGCAUCAACAUGGCUUCUGUUAACUCCUGCAUCAACCCAAUCGCCCUCUACAUGGUCAGCAAGCGCUUCAAGAACUGCUUCAGGUCGUGCCUGUGCUGCUGGUGCCUGCCGGCUGAGAUGUUGAUGGAUGAGAAGCAGUCGUGCAUGAAGCUCAAAGUCACCGAACGGGCCUCCGACCAGAGCAACUCCCGCAUGACCAACAAGUCCACCACAGCCUGAGGAGGGGCGUAGAGGUGAGAGAGGAGGAGUUAUGAUGUCAAAGAAACAUAAAUAUUGAAGUAUGAAUGACUGAAUGAGGAUAAGUGCCCUUUCUUGCCUUAUCUUCAACAUAAUAUGAAGUCUUCUUCAACUUUUACCAGACGUCUUUUUGGAAAUCAGUGAGAUGAAGCUCCUUCUAACCUAAAACUUUGAGCACUUGCCAUAACAGACUGCCGCACACUCUCCCUGUCACAGAAGAAAUACGCACCAGUUGUAGUUGUAAAGCUGUAUCCUUGGAUAACAAGUGUGAGGUGUGUGUGAAGCAGCCAGAGACAGCGAGAACCGAGCAGGGGCGAAGUUCAGAGAAAGUGUUCUUUCUAAAAUUGGGGGUCAAGGGUCGAUUAGCAAAGACAGCUCAUCAGGCUCGCAGCCUGGAUACUGAAUGUUACUUUGAAUGAUUCCUGCAAUAAGUUCUGAUUUGUACGGACUAUAUUAAAAGCGUGACGCUGUGUCACAGGUUGCUGCCACAUACUGCAGCAGCCUGGACGAGUUUAAACAGUCAAUCUAAUGCUCUUGUUUGAUGUUGUUUAUGUUAUUUUGUUACAUAUUUCCUUAUUAUAUAUAUGUAUGUAUCGAUUUGUUACAUUAG